UGCUCUUGCUGAGUCGUUGCGGCAAUAAACGGAGUUGUACAGAGGAGCAGACAUACAACAUCCGGGCAACAGUAAGCUUGCGCAGAAACGGAAUGGCGGAGGUGAGCGACAAGCAUAUGAACAUUAGCACAGACACUGUGGCCUAGUGGAGAGUGGGCAAAGUACAGAGAUGAAGGCCUUCAGCAGAAGAAGUUGGAAGAAGUCGUAGAGGAUUUGGAGGAGAAGCUUUCUCGCUCCAUGAAAAUGGCAACACAAUCCCCAACAGUCAGUGAGCUUCCUUUGGAGGAGCUACUGGCUUUGUAUGGAUAUCAAGUAUCCAAUCCACAGAAGGAAACAUGUCCUAUAACCACUACUCUGCCAGAUACGACCCUGGAUAAGGACCAGAAAACGAAGGACCUGUUUCAUGGCAAGCAAGAGAAACAAGCUUCAGACUAUGAUCUCACCUCCUCAAACACCUCAGAUUUGCUGCCCAGCCUCCAGGACGGAUACAAAGCGACGACUGUCAGCUCAUCAGACGACGACACUGAUGACUCUUCUAUUCCGUCCAAUGAAGAGCACAAGGAGAUCAUGGUUGGCUCCAUGUAUCAAGCAAAAAUCCCACCAUUAAAUCCACAUUUAUCUGAGGAGAGAGCUUACAACAACGUCGACCAGUUGCUGUGGAGGCCCGGGGUUUUGCCUGUACAGGAAGUAGAGGAAUUUUUGAAGAAUGCACAGAGACUUGGUGGCCAGGAGGGGGCGGUGUGGACUCAAACAGCCGCUGUCCAAGACAAUGAGCAGGCGCUGUAUGAACUAGUGAAAUGCAACUUCAACGCAGAAGAAGCACUGAGACGGUUACGUUUCAAUGUGAAAGUAUUCAGUGAGGAGCUGUGCUCUUGGAGCGAGGAGGAGUGUAGGAACUUUGAGAACGGCUACCGCGUUUAUGGGAAAAACUUCCAUCUCAUUCAGGCUAACAAGGUACGAACUCGCUCCGUUGGCGAGUGUGUGGCGUAUUACUACCUGUGGAAGAAAUCGGAGCGCCACAUGUUCUUCACCCAGCAGGCCACAAGGGUGAGCCGAAAAAAGUACAUCAUGCAGUCAGAGAACAUUGAGGAUGGAGACCAGGAUGGAGAGGGUGGAGAUCUCGAGGGAAGCAACAAUUCUUUGGGGUUACUGUCACAGAUCUCAAUAACCUCUGGACAAAUGGAGUCCCGGUUCCCUUCAAGUACAAGUCUGGAUCUAAACAAACAAGACGGCGAGCUGGUGAUGAGUCUGUCCGAGCUGUGUCCCGACGAAUGUCCUCAGCAGCUCUUCGACUGUCCGUUCUCUUUCCCAUCCAUGGACGAGCUCGGAGACGCCGACUCGGAUCGUCCCUCGGCUCCGGUUCAGCUCCAGUCUCAGCCCUCUGACCAGCGCUCCGAGUGGGGCCGUGGAAACCCGCCGUCCCGCCUUGACGACGACCACGGCUUCCUGAACUCCUGCUUCUACCACCUGCAGAUGCACGGCAGGCCUUUUGUUUCUGACGGCCCCGGCUGUGGCGCGGCAGGCGGUGGGACUCACGCCUCCCGCAGGCUGCAGGUGGAAUUUAACCUUCCCUCCACCUCGGCUUCCUCGCCCGCUGUCCUCUCAUCAAACUUCCAGGCGUUGGGCAGCCUGUUGCACCCCUAGCCCUUUUGACAUUGAGGUAGAGGGUAAAGUACAUGGAAGAAUAUCGUCUGUUUACUCGCUCUGCAGACAGAUAUUUAAUUGGUUAAACGGUUUUUUGCACCUGAAAAAAGUGGAGCUGUCGCUCUGGAGGAGGCCUUACCAUCAACGUCCGUCCGCUGUUGAAUGCCGAGUGUUUAAUUUAUGACCGUCAGCCAUUGAUCGUGUGUAUAUCUAUUAAUUACAGUUUGUAAAAGCACAGUGUAGGGGAUGAAAGCUGCAGACCAGUUUUCUAAAUCGCAUCCAUUCUCUCACAGUCAUAACUUAUUCAGUUUUUUUAAUUUUUUUUAUCAUCAUUAUUCCUGGGAAAGAAACGUUGGGUAAAUGAGCCAGCAACUUGUUUAUCUUUUCUUCUGUCACUUUUAUUGCUGCUGUUGUUUCAGACGAUUUUCCAUCACACACAUCAGAUGCUCAAUCUUGGCAAAUUUUUUACAUGGAAAUUAUGUCUCCCCCUCUUCCUCCGCUCUGCCUGUGUUUAGGUUUCCUAGCAGAAAUCUUUCACAUUUACAAUGAAACCUGUACUAAAAUUGUAUAUAUAGAUUUGUUUUAAACAUGAGGCCACAAACGAGCUCAAUAAUUCAUCAAAACUUCAUCCUAACCAUUUUAAUAAGUUGAUUAAAUUGUACUUGACGUGCGUGAAUCAAUUGGCUGGAGGACUGAGCCAAAUUUGACCCUAAUUGUCAGGUCAAAACCUUUAAAAUCUGUUGGGUUUUUUUUUUCAGUUUGUUGAAUGCAUAAUAAUGAGCAGCACCCACUAUUUUCUGUUCUAUGCGCGCAUCAAUCGACAACAUAAACUCUGCUGCACUAGCCUCCAUCAGCUUUUUAUCUGAUUUUUGGUAAAUCAAAUAAAAAUGAGAGAAAUAUGCUUUGAUGUCAGAAGUAGGGAUACUGGAAAAAAGAUCAGAUUGGUGCGUUCUUUUCCUUUUUUUUUUUUUUUUUACAUCAAAUGCAAAACAGGUUUAUGCAUCACUGACUUCUGUGUCUCCAUGUACAGUUUGUCAGCUCCUGCAAGAUCAUUGCGUACCUUAGCAUAUAAUGAGAAACGCUCAUCCUUGAACGGCUUCAUGUUUACAUCCACUGACAGAAAUGCUAGGACAGUUUGUUGGUUUAAGCGCAUCAGCAACUGUUCUGGUCUGAAGGUAAAGUUCUCUUCUUCUUUGUUUUCAUCUGGUUCACAUCCUUUGAGUGAACCCUUUGACCCCGUCCUUUACUUCCAACCUGAACUUCUGGUUUCAAUGUGGGCUUUAUUUAUUGUUGGCUGAAAACUCCCAAUUUUCUUUUACAAAAAACAAGAACUGAGUUAUGCACAUUUGCUAAUCGACAUUCGGAUUGUUGUCUUUCAUCAGAAUAUGUUUCAGGUGUGAAAUUACUCUGGUUUAAUUGAUGACGUAAUACAGCUCUUGUUUUGAAUUCAUUCAGGCUUUUUUUUUUUUCUUUACAAAGAAGCCUGAAUGAAGCAAACUUCUUUAAAAUAAAGAAACGGCAACACUCAGGAAAUGUAUGUAGAGUAAAAAUUGUUGUUCGUGUCUGACUGGGACAAGCAAUGUCUGUACAUUUUAUUUGCUUAUUUAUCCAAUAUUGGUAAAAAGAGUUAAAAUGUCAUUUUCUAUUCAUGUUCAUAUUGUUUAUGUUUACGUGUUGCUGCAUUUUGCCGACUCUAAAAGAGCAAAAGGUUCCACAGAUGAAUUGGACCCGCUUUGUCCGUCUUCACUCGUUUCUUUAUUUCCUUUCCUAACUGGUUGUCUGAUCCGCUUUCAACUCGGAGUCCAUCUUUUUAUUUUAUUUUAUUAUGUUUUUAAAACACAGGUAAAGUUGAGGCAAGACAGUGAAGACAGAAAAAACCACGAGCUGAAAUCUUUUAUUUCAUUUUGUUUUUAUGAAUAUACAUAUAUAUAUAGGUACAUACAUGUAUUCAAAUUAUAAAUUGCUUUCAUCAUAUUUCUUUUUAAAUAUAUUUUGUAAAUUAAAAUGUGAAAUUAAACUUACCAGUGUAAACAUUAAACUGUAGUGUUAUUUAAAUCAA